AUGUUUCUAAAGGUGCAAGUGCUGCUCGUCUACGUCUCCGUUCAAGCCUGUGCCCUUGACCACCACCAGCCGAACCAGGCCGGAUACGCGGGUGUAGGCUUCACUGGCUAUGCUGCGGCACCGGCACCCUAUGGAAGAUACGACGCCUAUGCCUCUCCACCUCAGCCGUACAACUUCGGCUACGACAAUGUGGAUGAGUACGGCAACCGGCAGUUCCGCAGCGAGCAAGGCGACUCCAACAACGCCAAGACCGGCUCGUACGGCUACCGGGACGCGAACGGUCUCUACCGCCGGGUGAACUACGUGGCCGACGCGAACGGCUUCCGGGCCACCGUGGACACCAACGAGCCGGGCACCGCCCCUGGGGCCAGCGCCUGA